GUCGGUGUGGGUGGCGGGCCUGGGGCGGGUGGCGGUGCGUGGGGAAGCCUGGGCUCCGGCCGGGCCCCCGGAGCCGGGACCCACAUCCCGCUGUCUGGCCAGAACCGGGCUGUCAGCCCGUCCUGCAGCAUGCCCCAUACCCUGCCUGCCGUCCCACAGCCUUGCUGGCACCGGGAUCGCCGUGCCGUGCCGUGCCGUGCCAUCCCGUGCCUUACCUGGAACUGGGACCUCCAUCCCAUUCCCCAGCCGGCACCAGGACCCUCAUCCCAUCCCACAGCACAGCCGGUACCGACCCCCAUUCCAUCUCCUGCCUCACACCAUACGGUCGCAGAAUGGUUGGGUUGGAUGGGACCUCAAAGAUUAUCCAUUUCCAAGCCCCUGCCGUAGCUGGGGUUGCCAACUGCUAAAUCAGGAACCAGGUUCUGCGGGGAGUGUCUGCAGCCCUGCCUCCAGGUGCCAUCCCCACUCUGCCCUCUCUGCCGCAUGCCCUUCGACCCUAAGAAGGUAGAGAAGGCUUCCAGUGUGGAGAAACAGCUCUCAUCCUACAAGGCUCCCUGCAGAGGCUGCAGCAAGAAGGUGACCCUAGCAAAAAUGCGGUCUCACGUCUCGUCUUGCGCAAAGGUGCAGGAGCAGAUGGCCAACUGCCCCAAGUUUGUCCCAGUUGUCCCCACAUCCCAGCCUAUCCCCAGCAAUAUUCCCAAUCGCUCAACGUUUGUGUGCCCGUAUUGUGGGGCCCGGAAUCUGGACCAGCAGGAACUGGUAAAACACUGCAUGGAAAACCACCGCAAUGACCCCAACAAAGUGGUGUGCCCAGUCUGCUCAGCCAUGCCAUGGGGGGACCCCAGCUACAAGAGUGCAAACUUCCUGCAGCACCUCCUGCACCGGCACAAGUUCUCCUACGACACUUUUGUGGACUAUAACAUUGACGAGGAGGCAGCACUGCAGGCUGCUCUGGCUCUUUCACUCUCUGAGAACUGAGGGCUGCCAUGGAGUUUUGCUUCGGACCCCACCUCACACCCCUUUUGCACACUCGACCUUCCUGCUGGGGAGGCAUGGAACUCAUGGCCCCCUGAGAAUCACCGCCUCUCUUCCCUCACCUCUCUGGGCUGAUCCCACCACCACGAAGAAGGUGGAGAUGCCUCAGCAUCACUCUGGACUGGUGAGUGAGCAGAGCCGUCCGCUGCUGGGAGGAGAGAGGACAGGGGACUGUUCCUCAGUUAGGCAUUUCAUAUCCGUACACGGAGUGUAUACCUGUAUCCAGAUCUAUUUAUUAUUAGAUGCUUUUUGGCACCA